CCAGUGGGGGGCAGCAGACACGUUCUAAUGACUCCUCUGUGGCUCACAGGCUCCUCCAGAACCGUCUUUUGAAAGGAAAUGACCCAGAAGUGUCUGGUCUGGAAGAAAAGGAGGUCUGAAGGUUCUUCUGUUCACCUCAUCAGGCAGAGGAGAGCACAGCCCAAUCCCACAAUCCUUUGCAGAGAGACGGUUUGGGAUGGAAUCAGAGAUGAACCACAGUCCUGCUGGAAAUGUUCUACUUCAGAGUUCUGUGGAACCUGGAGAAGAACUGUUGAGCAAACAGCAGGAGAUCGGAACCUUUUCCUGCAAACAUGUGUUAGCAUGACGCAGCAGGAAGUGAUCUUCAUCCAAACGAUGAAGGUGGAUCUGGAUCGUUCUGCUGAAAAGAGUAAAGGAGCUUCGGUCUAAGACCACGCCCCCAAAUGUCACGGGUCAGACGCAGAGCAGCAGAGAGUGACCGUCCCGGUUGGUGCACAUGUGUGGUCCUCGUGGAGGCGGUGAGGGUGGGUUUGGACGGGACGUUUGUGCUCACAGCUGCAGCGGUGCAACCUCUUCCCAGCAGCUGCUGCUGCAGACAUGAGAGCUGUGACGUAUGCUUAGAGUUAUGCUAAACAUUUGCAGGCAGUUGGUCUUCCAGAAGGAGAAACUGGGUCACAUGAUUUCCAUCACCAGGAGGUGAAAGGUGGGAGAAGUUUCAGGCAGCAGCUCCAGCAGUGAGCCCCUCCCUCCCCGUCCUCCUCAGGGACACAGUGGGAAUUUCUGGCUCCCAUUUGUAGGUUAAGCGAAGGAUGUGGUGACUUCACGCCUUCUCCACUCCUGCAGGCUCCUCCUCCUUUCCAUUUGAUUGUCUGAGGCAGCGUUCAGCUUUGCUAACAGAGGCUGCAGGACUCUCCACAGUUCUCUGCUUUGUGGUCGUCCCUGAAGAGCAGCUCCUGGAGAUCCUGGAGGUUCUCUGCAGCUGCUGGAAAGGACUUUUCCAGAGAGCUGAGCAGGGCUAGCUGUUGGUUUGGAGUGAGCCUGGGCGCGCAUGUGGCAUGACUGCAGAAGAUGCUUGAAAACCAGAAGAUGUCCAUCAUGCAUGUAGUCAGAAUCUGUCCUCUCUUCAUCUUUGCGGCCGCUCUCUUUGACGUGUCUGCUCAGAGAAAAGAGUGUGAAAACCCUCUGGUGGGCGACAUCGUCUUCCUGGUUGACAGCUCCGGCAGCAUUGGCCCUGAAAACUUUGAGUUGGUUAAAACAUUUCUUGGAAAUGUCAUCAAACCCUUUGACAUUGGCCCCAAGAAGAUCCAGUUCGGCCUGGCUCAGUACAGCAAAACAACUCAGAAGGAAUUUCUGCUCAAGGAUCAUGCAGACCAGGAGAGCGUGCUGACUGCAGUUCAACAACUGUACUACCUUAAAAAAAGUACCAGGACCGGUGAAGCCCUCGAUUUCAUUCGAAAAGAUUACUUUGUUGAAGCGGCGGGGAGCAGAGUCAGGGAGCUGGUUCCUCAGAUCGCUGUCCUCAUCACGGAUGGAGAAUCUGAUGACCCUGUGGAAACGCCUGCCCAGCAGCUGAGGGACCACGGGGUGUUGGUGUUUUGCGUUGGCGUGGGAAAAGACGCGCAGAAGCAGCUGAAGACCAUUGCUAACCCGCCCCAAGAUCAUUACGUCUUCAUCGUAGACCGUUAUGAGGAUCUGCAUAGUCUUCUGGACAGCCUGCUCAAAAGGUUGUGCAUCUCUUUGAAGGAGCAGCAGAAAGUUUUAACCAAACGCUACACAGACAUGUUCUGGUUGGUGGACAACAGUUUGCCUCCUGAACAGUUCUCCCAGUUGAAGAGCAACCUUUCAGGAAUCAUUACCGUGAAUGAGGUGGGACGGUCCAGCCAUCGUCUGGGUCUGGCUCAGUUCGGUCAAGACGUCCAAGUGGAAUUCCUGCUAAACACGUAUGAAAACAAAGGCCAGAUCCUGGAAGCUGUUGGAAACUUCAAACUUCAGCCUCAAGCCAAGCAGCAGCGGAACCUCAGCAGGGCUCUGGAGCUCGCCACCACCCGCUUUCUCAAAGCCGAGGCGGGGGGCCGGGCGCACAUGGGAGUGCAUCAGGAUCUGGUCAUCGUGAUGGAAAAUGAGCAGAAUUCUCUUUCCAUGCUGCAGUAUGAUGAUUUUGCUUCCUAUGCUAGAACACUGAAAGACUUUGGGGUUGCUACUUCAGUAAUGGCCGAAGGGUCAAUGGGUCUUCCAGAAUUCCAGAUCAGCGGCCUUGCCUUCAAUUGGCUGGAGUUUGGUCCUAAAGGCUUCAAAAUCUUGAGUGAUAAGAUAUUCUUUCCAGGAGUGGAAACUGUUGUUGAAGAGUGCGUAGGUGCCGGCGUGGCUGACGUUGUCUUCGUUCUGAAGGGUUCAGAAGGAACCGGAGAGGACAAUUUCCCCUUUGUGCUCACUUUCCUGAGCUUAAUCAUCAACAGCCUAGAAAUCAGCCAAGCCAAGGUCAGAGUGGGCAUCGUUACCUCCGGCCCCUGGCUCAGAGUGGAAGCCCACCUCAACACGUUCACCGGAAAAGCAGAACUCCUGCACUUCAUCGGUCUCCUGCCUCCCCGUGAAGGUGGCGCUAAAAUCGGAGUCGCCUUGAAAUUAACUUGGGAGAUGCUCUUCAGUGAGGAAAGAGGCGGCAGGAAGAAUGCCCAGAAGGUUGCUGUGGUGAUCGCAGACAGCAAAUCCCAGGACAGUGUGAGAGAAGCAGCGAGCUCCCUGCGCCGGGAUGGCGCCACCAUAUAUGCCGUCGGAGUCAAAGACGCCGACCCGACGGAACUCGAAGAGAUGGCAAGUCACCCGUCUUCCAGACACGUCUUCCCCAGGGCCAAUUUCAGCAGCCUGAGGGCAGAGACUCACAGUCUGCUGAAAGGCCUGUGUAACGGCAUCGCAGAGAAGCAGAGGACAGCUGGAGGAAGCAGCAAGGACGUGGAGAGAGCGUGUGCAGAGACGCACAGGGCGGACAUCUUCUUCCUCUUGGAUGUCUCUGGACGCAUCAGCCAGCUGGACCUCAGGGACAUGCAGAACUUCAUCAUUGGCUUCCUUCGUUUCCUCCGCAUUGGGCCUGAUCACGUUCGAAUGGGAGUGGUGACAUACUCCCAUUCACCUUCUCUGCAGUCUGACCUGAUGGAGGACGCAGACGAGAUAAAAGAAGCUGUGCUGGCACUCCAACGUGAAGGAGGUGCUGCAUACGUGGGCAAAGCUCUGGCCUUCCUGAACCAGGGGAUGGGGGAAACGGCGGAGCGUCAGGUCCCAAGGUACCUGGUAGUCAUCAGCGGAGGGGAGGCCACAGACGACUUCAAAGGCCCAGCAGAAGCUUUAAGGAGGAAGGACAUCACGCUUCUCGCCAUCGGGGCGAAGAAGUCAAAUGAAACUCAGCUGACUGAGAUUUCGGGCGACCCCAGACGGACUUUCUAUGUCAAUCAUUUUGAUGCCCUGAAGUCCAUCAGUGACGGCGUCCUCGCAGAGAUCUGUGCUCCUGAGGCUUGUAAGGCGUAUCCCGCUGACGUUUUCUUCCUGAUGAGCAGCUCCACUGCUUUGUCUAAGAGAGACUUUGAGAAAAUGAAAGACUUACUGAAAUCUGUCAUCAGCAUGUUCACCAUCGGGCCAAACGCCGUUCAUGUGGGCGUCAUGCAGGUGGGCGCUAACCACAGUCUGGAGUUUGGCCUCAACAAAUACUUGAGCAGAGAAGAGGUGCUCCGAGCCGUGGACAGGAUGCAGCCCGUGAAGGACGGGUACCGCAUGGGGAGGAGCCUCUCCGAGGUUUCUAAGUAUUUUAAGGCGGGGGGUGGAGGUCGACCGGCACUGAAGCAGAGCCUGGUGGUGGUUACAGAUCUUCAGAGUACAGACGAGGUCAGAGGUCCCGCUGAAGCUCUGAGGAACAAAGACGUGGAGGUCUACGCCGUUGGAGUGCUGGAGGCCAGCAAAAAGCAGCUGCUGGAGAUCAGCAACUCCUCCGACAAAGUCUUUCAAUUGGAAGAUUUGGAUCAACUUCCUGCUGUGGGCAGACGGCUGGCCUUAAAGCUCUGUGGAAAAGAUUGUGAGAAGAAGGACCUGGUCUUCCUGCUGGACCACUCCACCAGCAUCUCCCCGGACAACCACAACAUGGUCAUCAACUUCACCGCAGACCUCGUGAGCAGCCUCACCUUUGGAGAGAACUUUCUUCAGGUUGGACUGGCUCAGUUCAGCGACGCCCUCCACCACGAGUUCUACCUCAGUGAAUACUCCAGCAAGGCGGAUGUGGUCAGACACAUCCUCAGCUCCAAGCAUGCAGGCGGAACAACUUACCUGGGUAAGGCCUUGAGAUCCGUCGAGGACUACUUCCUGCCAUCUCGGGGCGCCCGUGGGGGCACAUCCAAGACUCUGGUGAUGAUCACCGAUGGGAAUUCACUGGACGAUGUGGAGGAUGCCGCGGAAGGACUCAGAAACAUGGGGAUAGAAAUAUUAGCCGUCGGUGUCUGCGACGUGUAUGACCUGCAGCUCCUGCGGAUCGUUGGAAAUCCAAAGAACCUCUUCAGCAUCUGGAACUUUAACUUUUUGGCAAACAACAAGAAAAAGGUUGUUAAUGCCAUCUGCAGGAAGCCGUCCAGUCAGCCUAAAGGUUGCAGGAUCGAUGUCUUCAUAGGAUUUGAUGUUUCUAGAAGUGGUACCAGAAGUGGUAAAGCUCUUAAAACCUUCCUCCCUGGUCUGGAGGAGAUUGUGCGUCACAUUUCUACAGUGGAGGACUUGUGGUGCUCUGCCGCCGUCCACACAAACAUCUCCUUCCACAAGGUGGAUGCUGAUGGAUUCCUUCGCUACAAUGCAAGCUUUAAGGAGGACUGGUUAAGGGAGGUUUUGAACAAGUGGUCACAGCCCACUUAUUUCAAUUCUACUCUUCUCAACUUCUUCAGGAAGAACUUCAGAGAGAAGUCCGAAGCUGACGUCAAGGUGCUGCUGAUCUUCUCAGAUGGUCUCGACGAGGAAGUGAUGAAGCUGGAGCAGACGUCAGACCUGCUGCAGAAGUCUGGUGUCAGCGUUCUGCUCACUGUGGCCUUGGCGGGGGCUGACCCCGCUCAGCUACAAAUGGUGGAGUUUGGUCGAGGGUUUGGGUACGACGUCCCUCUGAGCAUCGGCCAGCCCGGCAUCGGCGGCAUCAUCCUCCAGCAGAUAAGCGACGCGGCACAUCGGCUCUGCUGCGGCGUCAUGUGCCAGUGUUCAGGACCUGCAGGCGACCGUGGUCCUUCCGGCAUUCCUGGGAUGAAGGGUUCUUCUGGAUGGAGGGGCUGGCCGGGGUUUCCUGGAGAGGAGGGAAUCUCUGGGGAAAGGGGUCCUCCGGGUCAAAGCGGGUCUCCAGGCCCCCAGGGCUGCCCUGGAUCCAGAGGACAGAAGGGCUCUCGAGGCCUGACCGGCAGCAGGGGUGAAGCAGGACAGGACGGACUGGACGGCGUCCGUGGAGAACAGGGAGACCCCGGACAUGACGGGAUCACAGGAGAACCAGGACAUCCUGGGAGUCCAGGAGCCCCAGGUAUCAACGGGGAACAUGGGAUUGAAGGACAGCGAGGACACCGUGGAGAUCUGGGGGAUCUAGGAGCCCACAGCGCCACCAGGGGGCCCAAAGGAGAACCCGGUCCUCCAGGGGUUCCAGGUGAAUCUGGAGCCGACGGGGGCCCGGGGCCCAUGGGAUCACCUGGAAGCAGGGGUCCAGACGGCUGGAAAGGCCCCCGCGGAGAGCUGGGGUCACCUGGUGGGGGAGGAGCUCCAGGAGGAGCAGGCGUUCGAGGGACCGCUGGUCCACAAGGACCCAGGGGAGAAGGCGGAGACAGAGGGCCGAAGGGGAUGUCUGGUUCCCCCGGGACUCAGGGAAGACCUGGACCAGCAGGACAACCGGGACAAGCUGGGUGGCAUGGCCCGAAUGGACAGAAGGGUCACCAAGGAGAACCGGGUCUGAAGGGAGCAGCAGGACCUCAGGGACCCAGAGGAGCUCCGGGUCAGGACGGCAGUGCUGGUUUUGGACCGGUUGGACCUGCAGGAGCAAAGGGACACCCUGGGUUCCCGGGUCAUCCUGGUCUUCAGGGAGAAGGCGGGUUUAAAGGAACCAAAGGGAACCCUGGACCUGCAGGCGGCCCAGGUGGAGGGGGAAGGUCAGGCGGGCCGGGAGAAGCUGGAGCGUCUGGAGAUCCUGGGAAUCCUGGAGAUCGAGGACCAAAAGGUCCUCCUGGGGCUCCAGCUAGGACCAAGUGUGAACUGACGGCCUUCAUCAGAGAGAACUGUGUCUGCAGUCGUGGUGAGUCUGGGUCUCCGGUCCUCCCCACCGAGCUGGUCUUCGCUCUGGACUUGUCCAGUGGUGUGUCGUCGUCCAGCUUUGAGCUGCAGCGCUCUGCGCUCCUCCACCUGCUGCAAGGCGUAACCCUCGCCCAGAGCAGCUGUCCGACGGGCGCCCGCGUCUCUGUGAUGGGAUUCCACGAACGAAGCAUGCGCCUGAUCCGCUUCCACGAGCACUCCAACCACCAGAAGCUGACGGCAGCUCUGAAGGACAUCCCCUGGAGCCCCUCGCCGUUCCAGCGCCACCUUGGAGCCGCCAUGCGCUUCGUGGGUCAGAGCGUGUUCAAGCAUGUGCGCGCCGGACUGCACAUGAGGAAGGUGGCCGUCUUCUUCUCCGGCGGAGAGACGCAGGACAUCCAAGAGGUAGUGACAGCCGUGAUGGAGUACCGCGCUCUGAACAUCGUCCCGGUGGUGGUCUCCUUGACCAAAGACCCUCGCAUCGCACGAGCCAUGGAGGCGGACGACACGGGGAACUCCAUCUUCACGGUUCUGGAGAAGCAGCAGGACCUGGCUGCCGGGUUAAGGAAGGUCAGGAACUGUGCCAUCAACUUUGACCCCUGCAGACCAUCUGAGGACUGCUCCUUCAUCCAGGACCCGCCCCCCCCUCAGGAGGUGGGCGUGGACCUGGGUGUGGUUGUGGACGGGUCCAGCAAGGUUCAGCCGGGUGAGUUUGCCAGUGUUAAGCAGCUCCUGGUCUUGCUUCUGGAGAAGCUGGCCGUGAGUCCUCGGGACCGGGUGGCCGUGGUCCAGCAUGGCGGCGCCCAGGCCCCCACGCUGGAGUUCGGCCUGCAGACCUUCCAGAACCAGAACCUGAUGAAGAGACACCUGCUCCAGAACAUGAGGCAGCAGGGCGGCCCCUCCCUGCUGGGACAGACGCUGGAAUACACCCUGAGGGAGGUGCUGCCGAAAGCGGGCCUGACCCGCCGGAAGAGGGCUCUCCUGAUCCUGCUGGUGACCCAGACGGCCUCCGAGGACCAGAGCGGGCUCUCAAACAUCACCGAUGUGGCCCACUGUAGCCGCAUGCCGGUGUUCGUGCUGACGGUCGGACGCCGCUACAACCAGACGCAGGUGGAGGAGCUGGCCAGCUCACCUGUGCAGCAGCACCUGGUCCACCUGGACAGGCUGGGGGGCGAGGAGCGGGGCUACGCCCAGCGCUUCUUCAGGGUCUUCCUGUCCGCCCUCAGCAAGGGCCUGAACUCGUACCCCCCACCUUUACCAGGACCUGUGUGCCGUAUGCUGCGGAAAGUCAAAUGGAGACACUGAUCCUCUAGGACAUGUACUGCACAGGCCAAGAACCUGCAGACUUCUGCUGGUUGUUGAUCUAACAUGGAAGUCCAUGGCUCUGCAGACCUGGACCUGCAUCCGUUCACAUCUUCAACUCCUCCUGGUGCUUUAAACCGCCCCUACACGUCACCAUGAAGUCAGACUUUACAGGAGAAAAGUGUCAUGAAGAUCUUCAGCUUAUUGAGGACUUCCUUCCCACAGGAAGGAGCUUCCAUGUUUCCCCGCUGCUUCCCUAAGAUGGGAACGCCCAAGCAGGAAGGACUGCUUAAAGAGGUUCCUGUUGGUGCUGUAAUCAGAUUACAAAAUUGCAGUUGUACUUCUGUGGUCGUAGAGAUGAACGCUGGGAUGCACUUUCAUAAAAACUCUUCAUUCUGUGACAGGUUUUACCUGAAAGACGCCAAUAACCGUAACCUGUAAAAGGGGAUUUUAAUAUUCAUGUUGAUGACCCCAGUGACUGCCUAGGAAAGGCUUUUGCAGCUUUAUUAGAUGAUGUUGGUUUCACCCAAAGUGUGAAUGA